CUAUGGGUUUAUUCGGAGUUAGUGCAAGAUAUUCAGUUCUCGGAGAGUGAACGGAUAAGCGCCUCACACACCAUUCCACACCGUCAGAGCACUGAAUGGACUUGAUACGGGCUAUCACGGAUUCAAUUAGAUGCGUUACAAAGAUUGUGAAUAUUAUUAUUUUUGUCUUUCUCACAUUUGUUCUAUUUUUUUUUUAGCACGAAAGGAGACGCAAUUUCAAUGGAGAGCCUCAGUGAAGUUGACACAUGAUGGGACAAGCAAACCGUGUGCGUUAUUCUAUCAGUGGGCGCUUUCAGCUAAACAGGUAGCAAGCCAAGCGGACUAUUUUACCGUAGGCUACCACCGGCAACAACAAAAAAAAUACGACUGAUAUUGGAGCUACCGGUGAUGCAGAAUGACUUCAUGGUCCGAGGAACCCGCCGCUCGCCACUGAUGAGCUGAUUUUGUUCGUGGGAGAGGAGAAUCAGCCGCAGUCGACAUUAUAUGAUCGACUGAAGGGAGCAUCAACGCUUUUCAUGUAAAGUUCAAUGCCAAAAAAACGAACUGUGAAACGUUUCGAAAUAUAAUUCAUUAUUGUGUCUCUCCUCCCCGGUGCUGUUUUCUCUUUCCCUCACAGUCAACUGCCGUAGAACCAAAAGGCAUUGCGCUUCACGGGCUUAGACUUGAAGAAAUCUAACGGCUGCGAUCAAUACCGAUAUCUUUACCAACCGGAUUUAAAACAGGAUAUUCCAACUCUGAAUAGGAUUUGUAUCGAAUAGGAGAGGAGGCUUCUAUGCACAGCCGCAAUUUUGGGCAUUAGAAGAACACGCAUUCCAAUUAUCUCGCGCACUAAAGGGGAUUUUCUUUUGUAUAACGGGUUGUCCGUGUGUGGAAACUGCCCCUUCUUCAAAUGCAGGAUUUCACCAAUCCAUCACUCUGACAUUCAACAUUGCAUUGAAAGAAGAAGAAGAAGCGUUUAACAUCCACAAGGUCUGAAACAGUGUCACCACAGGACCGUUGUUACCAUGGAUCUAACAGACUUUUACUUGUUGGCUGCUCUCGUUGCCUGUUUUUGGAUGGACCCUUCUAUAGCCCAGGAACUGAUCUAUCCUAUUAGAGAGGAACUGCAGGAAAACGUUCUCAUUGGAAACAUACCAAAGGACCUGAACGUCUCCCAUACAAACGCUGCUACCGGAGCUAGCGCUAACCUGGUCUACAGGCUGGUGUCUAAAGCCGGCGACAACCCUCUGCUCAGAGUGCAGAGCAGCACGGGAGAGAUAUUUACCACCUCCAAUCGCAUCGACAGGGAGAGGCUCUGUCCCGGUCCCUCGUUCGAGGAGAACGAAUGCUCCUUCGAGAUCGAGGUGGUGAUUUUACCCAACGACUACUUCAGAUUGAUAAAGAUUAAGAUCGUAGUCAAGGACACCAACGACAACGCUCCCAUGUUCCCGUCUCCUGUCAUCAACAUCUCCAUCCCGGAGAAUACGCUGAUCAACAGUCGUUUCGCCAUCCCCUCCGCCACCGACCCCGACACCGGCCCCAACAGUGUACACAAGUACCAGCUGGUGAACGGGCAAAGCGCCUUCGGGUUGGACGUCGUAGAGACGCCCGAGGGGGAGAAGUGGCCGCAGCUCAUCGUUCAGCAGAACCUGGACAGGGAACUGAAGGACACGUACGUCAUGAAGAUCAAGGUGGAGGACGGAGGCACGCCACAGAAAUCCAGCACCGCCAUCCUCCAAGUCACCGUCACAGACGUUAAUGAUAACAAGCCGGUGUUCAAGGAGAACCAGAUCCAGGUCCACAUACCGGAGAACUCGCCUAUAGGGACGUCCGUAGUCCAGCUGCAGGCUACGGACGCAGACGUGGGGGCGAACGCCGAAAUCAAAUACAUGUUCGGGACGCAGGUGUCCCCAGCUACCAAGAGACUAUUUGCUUUAAAUGGUACCACUGGCCUUAUAACAGUACAGCGACCCCUCGAUAGAGAGGAGACCGCCAUACACAAGUUAUCCGUGUUAGCGAGCGACGGCAGCUCCAGCCCAGCCAGAGCUACCAUAACUAUAAACGUGACGGACGUGAACGAUAAUCCGCCAAACAUCGAUCUGAGAUAUAUCAUCAGUCCAAUAAACGGCACUGUGUUCCUCUCGGAGAAAGACCCAAUCAACACCAAGAUAGCUUUGAUCACCGUGUCGGACAAGGACACGGACGUCAACGGCAAGGUCAUCUGUUUCAUCGAGAAGGACGUCCCCUUUCACCUCAAAGCGGUGUACGACAACCAGUAUUUACUAGAGACGUCAGCGCUGCUCGACUUUGAGGGGACCAAAGAGUACAACUUCAAAAUCAUAGCCUCUGACUCUGGCAAGCCGAGCUUGAACCAGACAGCGUUGGUAAGGGUGAGGCUGGAGGAUGAAAAUGACAACUCGCCGAUCUUCAGCCAACCUGUCAUCGAGCUGGCCGUCAUGGAGAACAACAAACGCGAUCUCUUCCUCACGACUCUCAGCGCCACCGACGAGGACAGCGGGAAAAACGCUGAGAUCGUCUACCAACUGGGCCCUAACGCCUCGUUCUUUGACCUGGACCGUAAAACCGGUGUCCUCACGGCCUCCCGGGUGUUUGAUCGCGAGGACCAGGAUCGGUUCCUCUUCACGGUAACGGCCCGAGACAACGGGACGCCUCCACUCCAGAGCCAGGCGGCAGUCAUCGUGACAGUGCUCGAUGAAAACGACAACAGCCCCAAGUUCACCCACAACCACUUCCAGUUCUUUGUGUCAGAGAACCUGCCCAAGUACAGCACGGUGGGGGUGAUAACUGUCACAGACUCAGACGCUGGGGAAAAUGCCGCCGUCACGCUUUCGAUACUCAGCGACAACGAGAACUUUAUCCUAGACCCGUACUCUGGAGUAAUAAAGUCCAAUGUGUCCUUUGACCGGGAGCAGCAGAGCUCCUACACCUUCGACGUCCGGGCGGUGGAUAGCGGGCGGCCCCCAUGUUCCUCGGCCGCCAAGGUGACCAUCAAUGUCAUCGACGUAAACGACAACACCCCCAUCGUCAUCUACCCCCCUUCCAACACCUCCUUCAAACUGGUUCCCCUCUCGUCCAUCCCUGGAUCGGUGGUGGCCGAGGUCUUUGCUGUGGACGGUGACACAGGGAUGAACGCAGAGCUCAAGUACACCAUUGUUAGCGGCAACACCAAAGGUCUGUUCCGGAUCGACCCUGUGACAGGAAACAUCACCCUGGAGGAGAAGCCUGCUAUCUCCGACAUCGGCCUCCAUCGGCUGGUCGUGAACAUUAGCGACCUGGGUUACCCUAAGUCCCUGCACACCCUGGUGCUGGUGUUCCUCUACGUGAACGACACGGUCGGCAACGCCACGGUUAUCUACGACCUCAUUCGCCGCACCAUGGAGACGCCCCUGGACAGGAACAUUGGGGAGAGCAGUGAGACUUACCAGAGCGGAGAUUAUCUCACCAUCAUGAUCGCCAUCGUAGCCGGGGCGAUGGUGGUGAUUGUGGUGAUCUUCGUGACAGUCCUGGUACGCUGCCGUCACACCUCGCGGUUCAAGGCGGCCCAGAGAAAGAAGCAGGGCGCUGAAUGGAUGUCUCCCAACCAGGAGAACAAGCAGAACAAGAAGAAGAAGCGCAAGAAAAGGAAGUCGCCUAAAAGCUCCCUCCUGAACUUUGUCACCAUCGAGGAGAACAAGCCGGACGACCCGGCUCAUGAGCCCAUCAACGGCAACAUCAGCCUGCCUGCCGAGCUGGAGGAGCCUGGCCACUUUGACUGGAACGCUGCUCCUACGACCACCUUCAAGCCCUCCAGUCCAGACCUGGCACGGCACUACAAGUCCGCUUCUCCGCAGUCCGCGUUCCACCUCAAAGCGGACACGCCGGUCUCCGUGAAGAAACACCACAUGAUUCAGGAGCUCCCUCUGGACAACACCUUCGUAGGGGGCUGUGAUACUCUCUCCAAGAGAUCCUCCACUAGUUCAGACCACUUCAGUGCCUCGGAGUGCAGUUCCCAGGGAGGAUUCAAGACUAAGGGAUCCGUACACCCGUCCAGACAGGUAAAAGAUAACUUUUACUGGUCUAUAAGUACUGCAUAUAACUGCCCGGUCCAACAGUGCUGAGCUCCCUUCUACACUAUACACUAUAGCUGACUUGGUCUUAACGUACACAUAAACACCAAUGAGAAAGGGGGGGAAUCACCCCCCCACUAUAAGUCCCACUAUAAGUCCCACUGUACCUUUUAAAACACCCCCCCCAAAAUAAAUCACAUAUAUAUGAAUUAAUGUAUGACAUGUGGUUAACUAUGGACUGAACCAAACAAACACAUGCAUACUUUUCCUCUUCCCUUUGUGUCUCCUACCUACAGUCUCUCGCUGUUAUUUAUGUUCCCCUUUUUAUUUCUUAAAAGUUAUUUUAAAAAGAUAUUUCAAUCAAACAUGUACCACGUGGUCAACUGUCUAAAGCCUUGUCAGAUUCUACAGACACAUGACCUUUUUAAAUGGGCCUCAGAAGGUUGAAUGAGAUAAAUGGUGUCCUGCCUUCCAAACGGCCUCCCUUAUUCCCUUCGUAGUGCACUCCGUUUGACCAGGGUGAAUAGGGGAAUAGGGUUCAUAAAGGAAUAGGGUCCAAAGGGCUCUGGUCAAAAGUAGUGCACUAUUAAAGGGAAUGGGGAGGGGGCCAGACUAGAUGGUGAAAUUGAUGUGUUGCAAAGAUGCCUUUAAAAAACAUUUGUGAAAGAAACAUUUUUUUCUCGCCUGUCUACUCAGCUCACCAUUUUAUCAUUGAUUAUAUUAUGGAAACUGCUAGUACCACAACACCAGUAGGAGAAACAUCUAGUACCACAACACCAGUAGGAGAAACAUCUAGUACCACAACACCAGUAGGAGAAACAUCUAGUUCCACAACACCAGUAGGAGAAACAUCUAGUACCACAACACCAGUAGGAGAAACAUCUAGUACCACAACACCAGUAGGAGAAACAUCUAGUACCACAACACCAGUAGGAGAAACAUCUAGUACCACAACACCAGUAGGAGAAACAUCUAGUUCCACAACACCUGUAGGAGAAACAUCUAGUUCCACAACACCUGUAGGAGAAACAUCUACCACCACAACACCAGUAGGAGAAACAUCUACCACCACAACACCAGUAGGAGAAACAUCUACCACCACAACACCAAUAGGAGAAACAUCUAGUUCCACAACACCUGUAGGAGAAACAUCUAGUUCCACAACACCAGUAGGAGAAACAUCUAGUUCCACAACACCAGUAGGAGAAACAUCUACCACCACAACACCAGUAGGAGAAACAUCUAGUUCCACAACACCAGUAGGAGAAACAUCUAGUACCACAACACCAGUAGGAGAAACAUCUAGUACCACAACACCAGUAGGAGAAACAUCUAGUACCACAACACCUGUAGGAGAAACAUCUACCACCACAACACCAGUAGGAGAAACAUCUACCACCACAACACCAGUAGGAGAAACAUCUAGUACCACAACACCAGUAGGAGAAACAUCUAGUACCACAACACCUGUAGGAGAAACAUCUACCACCACAACACACCAACAGAAGAAGUGAAACUGCUCUGUAUACAUCUGAGUCUUCUAGAGACCACGACUGAGUUCUAAUGAGGCUUCCAGCUCGUGGCCCCUCCCCCCCAAUACGUUGACUCCUCCUCCUUGCCCCUCAUGAUGUUCUAUAGGAUUGUGCAUUUACCUUAUUAGUAGAUCUGUAUGUUUACAUGUUGAUACUACAGCGAAACACACCGUUGACACCGUUGACCUGCUUGAAGUCCAAAGUCAGAACCUUAAUAUAGGGCUUCUGAAAUCUUUUUAAAGCUCAUUUGUUGAUUAUAUCGAUAGAGGAUACAAUCCAUUCAUCUGAGCUGAAACUGACUGUAAUUCUUCCCCCUCUCUCUACGGUGAAUCACUGUCAUAUCCUAGCAGAAUAACUGUGUGUGUGUGU